CUAGCCACAUACAUGCUUCAAAGAAACGCUCAGUGAGGGAUCUAGUUGGAUUUUGAAGCCAUCAUGAGUGGAGGAACUCCUUAUAUCGGGAGCAAAAUCAGCCUAAUUUCUAAGGCCGAGAUUCGUUACGAAGGGAUUCUCUACACUAUUGACACUGAGAAUUCGACUGUCGCACUUGCAAAAGUUUGGUCUUUUGGCACAGAGGAUCGGCCCACUGAUAGGCCCAUCCCGCCCCGAGAUGAGAUCUUUGAGUACAUAAUCUUCAGAGGCAGUGACAUCAAGGACCUGACUGUGUGUGAGCCGCCAAAGCCAACAUGCUCUUUCCCACAGGACCCUGCCAUCGUCCAGUCCUCUGUGUGCUCAGCCCCUCCACCUGCUCCUGCUGCCACUUCAGCUCCAUUCCAGUCGGUGGGCUCCAACGGCCUGUUCAACCGAGCUCCCGUGCCCCUGUACAGCCAGUGUAACACCAGCCCCCUGGUGUCCAUGCAGUUUGGCACCGUUGGUGACGGAAGAUCAGUGCCGCCCUCCUCCUUUGGGAGCAACACACGCUCCGCUGCAACCCAGUCCCAGAGCAGUGCUAUUGGCGCUGCUCUCCCCACUGAUUCACACUCUCUGGGUACCGCUACUGUCCUUGUAUCUAAAGGCCACACCAGCCCCUCCCUGGACCCCCUGAGGAAGAGCCCCACAGUAGAACAGGCAGCCCCGUCGGCCCCCUACGCUCCGACUCACAGCUUGGGCCGUAGGAGUCCCGCUCCAGGCCAAACGACCCCCUCGGCUCCAGCCGCCGGCCAUGCCCAGCAGCAGCACCAUCACUAUGGUGAGACCGUCAGCGGGGCCCGCAGUAACCAGGCCUGGGGUGCGCCCUGCAACGCGCCCAUUUCUCACCAACGCUAUACCACUGCAGGGCUUACCAACUCUAUCUUUAGCUCCGUAGUUGGUGGCCCCCCGCCUCAGAGGCGUGGUCGUGGGGGAAGACAACGCGGCAGGAGCCGCUUCAACGUGCGCCUAGACGGACCCAUGAAGUUCGAGAAGGACUUUGACUUUGAGAGUGCCAACGCCCAGUUCGACAAGGAAGAAAUGGACAGGGAGUUCCAGAGCAAGCUCAAACUAAAAGAUGAGACGGAGAAGGCAGCAGUGAACGUGGAGGAUAAGGGCAACUCCAGUGUGGAGACUCAGAACAGCAAGGGCAACGCUGAUGAAGGGCUGGAGGCACUAACACUUAAAGUUUACUACGACAAGUCCAAGUCUUUCUUCGACAAAGUCUCCUGUGAUUACAGCAGGAAAGCUGCAGAAAAACCUGGAGGAAGCUCUGGUUUCCCACUGCAGCGGAGGCAGACCUGGGUUGAGGAGAGGCGUAUCAACUCUGAGACGUUCGGGAUCCCCCUGCGCGGGGGUCAGUCCCGUGGGGGCUACCGCGGGCGUGGUGGUAUGGGCUUCCGCAGGGGUCGCUCCGCCAGCAGAGGGUCCUUCGGUCCCCCCCGCGGAGGCCAUGGCUACAGGGGAGGAUUCAAUCCAACAAGCCAGGGAGGAUGGGAGUUUUCAGAGAACUUUGAGUACAGGGAUACCCGUGGCUGCGUAGUACACCUGGAGGACAGAUCCAGAGGGGCGACGCCUCAUCUUUAGAAAUAGUUUGUUUUAUACUUUUGACUGAAAGAUUGUAUAUUUGUCAACAUCACUGGGGUAGACUGCUUGAAUGCCACUUUUCCAUAUCUUUUAAUAAUGGAAAUGAUGCAAUCCAUCAAUCUCUUCAAAACAAUUUCCAGGUGGCUAAAUUGUGUAUAGAAAAUAUUUGAGGGAUGUCCUUUUCAGCAAUGAGUUUUUUUUUAUUUUCUUCUUGUAACAGAAGGCCGUAUGACUGAAGAUCGCUGACAGCUUCAUUUUUUGGGGUAACCUGUAAUGUACCAAAAUAGCCAGUGCGAUCUGUCACAGCUUUCUGUGAAUUUUUCAACCACACAAACUGUACCUGUACCUAGUCUGCUAGCUAUCCAUCUAGCCCACUUCUCUAAGCUAGCCAUGAUUUUUAGCUCUAUCAAGUUUUUGUAAAUUAGAUUCUGUUUUAUUUACUUCCACUUCACUAGUGAUGGUGCUAGAUGAACUUGGCUAUACUCUUCUGGUUUGGUGACAUAGUUUAACUCUGGUUACAUAACUAGGUAUUGGUGAAAGAUGGAUCAUAGGUCAGAAGAACAUUUUCUGUAGAUUGCUCUGUACUCGAGGCUACUUGUAUUGUGUAACUAGAGUUGCACAAUGCUGCUGUUUGCUACGGUUAUAUCUCUAGCGUAAUCUAUGUAAACUGCUACAAGAGCUCGCUAAAGCAGGCCAUCUAAGUAUGCUUCUUCCUGACAUUUAGGCCACAUUUCGGUUUCUAACAUUUCUAGGGAGCUUUCCAAAUUGUUGUUCCCUUUUUACCUCUUUUUGUCAGUCAGUUUAAAACCUCAUCCUGAACUCCACAUCCUUGUUCCUCUCAAAGAAACCAGAAUGCCAGAAAGAAUUUGACCCACCAACAGUACUUGAGAUGUCUGACGGAGAGAAACAAUAACCUGAUUGAGGUUACACAAGUGAUGUCAGCCUAAAUGUUCAGUUAAAAAUUGGUUAAAAUAUUUGAAUUGUAGAGCCCUUUUGGUUUUAGCUUAUUAGGUAUUAGUUACAUAGCAAUAUUGAGGCUAAUGUUUUGGAGGGCUUGAAUGAUCGGGCACAAAUUGGGUGAAGGUUGGUUGAUAGGAAGUAAUGAACUUUGACUGAAUGUCUGAUGCUGAUGCUAUCUUGGCCAGGCAUGAAUUAAAUAAGUACGUAAAUAGAGAAACUACUAGAUUUGGGAUUUUAUAUCUUGCAGGAAACGUGACACAGUUGCACUUUUUACUAUUGAAGUUGUUUUAUAUAAUGGUGUCUUCUGUUAAUGUGUUAAUCCUGAGAUUGUAUUCCAGUUCUGCUAACUGCGGAGUCCCAAAUGGCAGCCCUAUAUAGUGCACUGCUUGGCUCUGGUCAAAAGUAGUUCACGUUACAGGGACUAGGGUGCCAUUUGGGAUGAUACCGACGAUGUUAUACCCCCCACCCCGUGUGAACAGGUGUUAAAAAGUACAAGUUCAGUAUUGCGUUUUUUUUUUUUUUUUUUGUGUCCUCAGGAAGUUAAGAUGAAUUUCUUGUUGUGCCUUAAUGCCAGUGAAUUACUAGAAUACUACAUUUGAACUAAUAACGGAGUGAAUAGACAAGUUAAAUAAAGUUGACUUAAAUUGGAAUUUAUUCUAAGAACUUGUGCCCAUUUUGGUGUACUCUGAAGUUCUUUUGCACAGUGCUGUUCGAUGAACUAGGUUAUUGUUUGAUAAUGUACUAGAUUUAUUCAGAAGUAUAGAUGUCUACAUCGGUACAUUUUAUUGAGUGACGGGAGUUGACGCCAAGUCAACGGGGGGGCGUUGCUCAAAUGUCUUAGGCUGCGUUUUAUACAGGCAGCCCAAUUCUGAUAAUGUUUACUAAUUGGUCUGUUGACCAAUUUGGAGCAGCUCUGAAAAAGAUCAGAAUUGGUUGCCUGUAUAAAUGCAGCCUUAAAAGCAUCUCUUGUCUAAGAUGAAGGGUGGUACAGUAGGGUUGUGGGAUGGGGUGAACAACAAACUGUAUUGCCUUGAUUCCUCACUUCCUCUUGUCUUCUCAAAACACAUUGGAGCAGAAGAUCAGAGGGGAGGAACCUCUGUUCUUCUGUACCAAUGUGUUUUGAGAAGACAAGAGGAAGUGAGGCAACACAGUUUAGGUUCACCCAUAGAAUCAAGUGCCUAAUUCAAAGGGAUGUCCUGUAUCUCCAUUUUUUUCAUUGUUGCACAGAAGCCUGCAUGAGGGUCUGGCUCAAGCCACUAUCAUGACACAGCAAGGAUACAAUGCAAUAACUUACUAAAAUGUCUGUGCUGGGGGUAGUUUGUUUGAGCAUCAAAUGUAAUUUAUAUACAGACUUUAAGCUUGUUUAUUUGGGUACAUUUUUCUAACCGUUUUGUCUCUAAACCCAGCAUGACGUCCUCUCUGUGGGCCUCAGUGGACUGGGGUUUUUAUUCAAAGCAAACAAUAAAAGUUUUCAUAUCUGUGCCUGUC